UCCGGCUGCAGCGUCGCUCUCGGCACCAUGACAACAGCGCGUCUCGAGUGAGGAGAUGAGAUGAGUUGAGCUGUUGUGUUUUACCUCACAUUACUGAAGGAAACUCACUGCAUUCAUCACAGGAUGUCUCUGUUCAAGGCUCGUGAUUGGUGGGCGUCGGCGCUGGGCGAGGGAGAGGAGUUCGAUCAGGGCUGUCUGUGUGUCGGGGAUGUGGAUAACAGUGGAAGUGGAUACGAUAAGAUAGUGGUGGGCAGCUUCAUGGGCAUGCUGCGCAUCUUCUCCCCGCGCGCGGCUAAAGCGCAGGAGCUGAGCGAGGCUGACGUGCAGCUGCUGGAGGUCCGGCUGCCCGAGCCCAUCCUGCAGGUGGAGCUGGGCAAGUUCGUCUCUUGUUCGGAGUUGCUUCAUCUGGCAGUGCUUCACCCCAGAAAGCUGUCGGUCUACGCGGUGUCAGGCACUGCUGGGAAUGUUGAACACGGGGACCAGUAUCAGCUGCGACUGGUUUAUGAACACAACCUGCAGAGGACAGCUUGCAACAUGACGUACGGCCCGUUUGGGGGAGUGACAGGGCAUCACUUCAUCUGUAUCCAGUCCAUGGAUGGGAUGCUGAUGUUUUUUGAGCAGGAGAGUUACGGGUUCGGCCGGUUCCUGCCUGGGUUCCUGUUGCCCGGCCCACUGAGCUACUGUACCCGCACCGACUCCUUCAUCACAGUCUCCUCCUCACGACAGGUGGAGUGCUACAGGUAUGAGACUCUGGCUGUGGCCACAGACGCAGACACUCGACCAGACCCGGAUCAGCAGAGCAAGAGCUCCGGGAAGAGGCUCACGGCCGAGUGGACGCUGGUGUUAGGAGAAGAGGCUCUAGAUAUCUGUGUCCCCAACACUUCUCCUCUGAUGUCCUCCAUCUUCGUGCUGGGCGAGAGGAAUCUGUUUUCCCUGAAGGAUAACGGUCAGAUCCGCUUCAUGAAGAAACUGGAGUUCAACCCCAGCUGCUUCCUGCCCUACGCAUCAGUGUGUGAGGGGUCCACCAAUGUGCUGGUGUGUAACCAUAAGCACACGCUGCUGGUGUACCAGGACUCGGCGCUGCAGUGGGCGGCUCAGCUGAGCUGUGUGCCGGUGGCCGUGCGCGUCGCCAGCUUCCCGGAGCUGAAGGGUGUGGUGGUGACGCUGAGCUCUGAUGGACGUCUCCACUGCUCAUACAUGGGAACCGACCCGUCCUUCUUCACCGCACCGAAAGUGGAGGCCCGAGAGGUGAACUACGAGGAGCUGGACAGCGAGAUGAAGAGGCUGCAGAAGCUCAUCCGCGAGGCCACCAAAACACAAGAUAUCGUGCCGAGGGCCGAGACAGAAGAAGAGCUCAGUGUGACCGCUGUCGUCUCGUCUCAGCUCGACCAGCUCUCGUGCGCGCUGAUAGCGGAGAUGAGCGGCCUGCCGGUCCCGUCCGUCUCCGUCCAGGUGAGGAUAAAGAGCCGUUCUGCGGUGGCGAGCCCGAAGAUGACGGUGUGUGUUCAGCCUCCUCUGGCCGUCACACAGGACCAGUUCGUGCUGGACUCUAUGGGCAGUGGCAGUGAGUCAGUGGUGAGGUUCUCGGUGUUUCUGAACGGUGUGUAUCCUCCAGCGGAUCUGAGUGGAGAUAUCGCAGUGUCCUACAGCUCGGCUACAGAGCUCAAUCCUGCAGGAAUCCCUCGAGUGUCCCAGUGUAAGUUCGUCCUGCCUCUCCGGUUAGUGUGUAUCCCGUCCUCAGCGCUCAAGAACGGCAAGUUCAAGAUCACCAUCGACACCAACAAACCUCCCAUCAGCCUCAGCGACGUCUUCCCAGAUUUCUCUGAGAAGUUGGAGAAUAAUGACAGUGCUUUAGGCUUCCAGUUCAUCACAGGCUCCAGAGUCAUCGUCCUCGCCUCUAAAACAUCCCAGCGCUACAGGAUCCAGAGCGAGAGCUUCGAGGACAUGUGGCUGGUGGUGAAGGAUCUGGUUCAGGGUCUCCAGAGGCACUGCAUCUCUCUCGGGGUCUCAGACUUCCAGAACAGCUUCAGUGGGCCGGUGCCGCUCGCCGAGUACUUCCACACGCUCGACCAGCACUUCCAGCUCCGUGUGGAUGCACAGCAGUAUCAGGAUCUGCUGUCGGAGCGAGCGGUCCAGUUCAGGGCCAUCCAGCGCCGGCUGCUGACCCGCUUUAAAGACAAGACCCCGGGGCCACUGCACAACCUGGACACACUGAUGGAGGGAACCUACCGCCAG